AUGGCUCUACUACCAGAGCACGGGCCGCGGUACGCUCUUCUAGUUCAGGAGUUGAAGGGCAUUGUCAAAGACAGUCAUGCGCCGGGCAGCGCCGGGUGCGAAAGCAAAGGACGUACUUUGGACUCUGGGCGUGUCCGACCUCCUACUCCACCGGCACCUAAGGUGAGGCGAGUAGACCGAGUUUCUCCCGCCCCAGGUCCAACCGCCACUUCCCAGACCACGGCCAAGACACGCCUCCCAGCGCAGGAUCACACACCACCGCCACUACCGCGGCCUCCAUCGUCAUAUGCGCCUCCCAAGCCAUUGCAGGACUAUAGGGCACAGCCUUUUCCAGAGUCGGACGAAAAGCCAACCAAAGAGCGAGUGUUUCAGAAAGCACGUGCUCUGGACUCGGGGCGCGUCCGACCGCCUACUCCACCGGCACCUAAGGUGAGGCGAGUAGACCGAGUUUCUCCCGCCCUAAGUCCAACCGCCACUUCCCAGACCACGGCCAAGACAUGCCCCCCAGUGCGGGAUCACACACCACCGGCAUUACCGUGGCCUGCAUCGUCAUAUGCGCCUCCCAAGCCAUUGCAGGACCAUAAGGCACAGCCUUUUCCAGAGUCGGACGAGAAGCCGACCAAAGAGCGAGUGGUUCAGAUGUGCGAGUCCCCGGCAAUGCACGCCUGGAUUACGGCGCUGGCGGAGUUUAAUGUCCUUGGAUCCCCGGCAAUCAUCGGAGGCUUGACGGCCGCGGAGCAGAAGGUUCUUUGGGAGGCCAGAAUCAUGGCACUGAGCAGGGUGCCAAACCUUUUCAAGUCGAUCGCGAAGGUCAAGACCAAGAAUGGAUUGGAUUGGACCAUAGCAAUGUCUGCACGCCAAGUAUUGACUGCGGAGGGCAACGUUGCCAUCGCCACUGGCAGAGGUUCUACUUACAAGGAGCUGGAGACUCCCACGAAGAUUCAUGGGCUGGUAGGCGCCCUUUUCAGGCAGAUGUGGUUGCACAAGGACAUGGAGGCCCUUUUUCCCACUUAUGAGGAUUUCGACUUGUUUGCUACUACCAUCAAGACGAUUUACAACGAGGCAGCCGAGUCCGCAGGCCUCUACUCGCGAAUGGUCAAAUAUGAGAGGCCCUCGAAGGGAAUGCGCAUUGUUCAUGACUGGGCAGCGCGCCACCCAAACCACGGGAACAGCUAA